UUUGGAGCUUUUCCAACGUCCUGGCUUUUUUUAGUGGACGCACUGUGUCCGAAUAUUUUCAUUUUCACCUCUCCCGCACUCACCCUCCACCUCCCGCUCCACCUCCGCCGUCGCCGUCGCCGUUUCCGCCGAGUCUCUUCCUCCGAAGCCGUGGCCACGAUUAGCGAAUCAUCCCUUUGGAUCUUCAUUGCCGGAAUUUCAACUGAUUGGUUUUCUUACUCUCACAGUUUCACUGUUCCUUCUCUUACCCGAGUGUUUCUCUUUUCCAUCUGAUUGUUCUUCCUCCAGCCGGCAUUCCUAUCGCCUGAAAUGGAUCGACGAAGUUGGCCCUGGAAGAAGAAAUCAUCUGAGAAAACAUCCGACAAGACGAAUACUACGUCAGAGUCGGCAGGAAGCCAGGGUGAUCAGGAUGGUUACAAAAAACCAAGUUAUGUACAAAUUUCUGUGGAGACUUAUUCACAGCUUACCGGUUUGGAGGAUCAAGUAAAAAUUCGCGAUGAACAAAUCCAGACACUGGAGGGUGAGAUCAAAGAUCUGAAUGAGAAACUAUCAGCGGCACAGUCCGAGAUGACUACUAAGGACAACCUAGUCAAACAGCAUGCUAAAGUCGCUGAAGAAGCUGUCUCAGGUUGGGAGAAAGCUGAAGCAGAAGCUCUUGCAUUAAAAAAUCAUCUAGAAACCGUGACACUGUCGAAGCUCACUGCUGAAGAUCGAGCGUCACAUUUGGAUGGUGCUCUGAAGGAAUGCAUGAGGCAGAUAAGAAGCCUGAAAGAAGAACAUGAACUUAAAUUGCAAGAAGUUAUUUUCACCAAGACCAAGCAGUGGGACAAAAUUAAACUUGAGUUUGAAUCGAAGAUGGCAGACUUAGACCAAGAACUUCUUAGGUCUGCUGCUGAGAAUGCUGCACUUUCAAGGUCAUUACAAGAACGUUCCAACAUGCUGAUUAAAAUAAGUGAAGAGAAGUCACAAGCUGAGGCCGACAUUGAGAUGUUGAAGGGCAAUAUUGAAUCAUGCGAAAGAGAAAUAAAUUCACUUAAAUAUGAACUACACAUAGUAUCUAAGGAGUUAGAAAUCCGCAAUGAAGAGAAGAAUAUGAGCAUGAGGUCUGCUGAAGCAGCUAACAAGCAACACAUGGAGGUUGUUAAGAAAAUAACUAAGAUGGAAGCAGAAUGUCAAAGAUUACGUGGACUUGUGCGGAAGAAAUUGCCUGGUCCUGCUGCACUGGCUCAAAUGAAACUAGAGGUUGAAAGUUUAGGCCGGGAAUAUGGAGACACCCGAGUAAGGAAGUCGCCUAGUAGGCCUCCAACUCCACAUAUAUUAUCUGUGUCUGAAUUUUCCCUUGAUAAUUCACAGAAAUUCCAAAAGGAGAAUGAGUUCCUUACAGAACGAUUGUUAGCCAUGGAGGAGGAAACUAAGAUGCUGAAAGAGGCUUUGGCAAAGCGUAACAGUGAAUUGCAGACUUCCAGAAGUUUGUGUGCCAAGACGGCUAGUAAACUUCAAAGUUUGGAGAUGCAGCUUCAAAAUGGUAAUCACCAAAGGAGCUCCCCAAAAUCUGUUGUUCAGUACACUGUUGAAGGAUUUUCAUGCCAAAGCACAACUCAUCCUCCCAGCUUGACCUCUAUGUCUGAAGAUGGAAAUGAGGAUGGCCAGAGUUGUGCAGAUUCUCUAUCCAUAGUGGCGACCUCUGACAUUUCCCAAUUUAGAGAGAUGAGAAGUGAGAAAUUAAGUAAAACUGAAAGUGGAAGUCACUUGGGGCUCAUGGAUGACUUUCUGGAAAUGGAGAAAUUGGCAUGUCUAUCGAAUGAGUCAAAUGGUGCCAUCCUUGCUUCAGAUGAUUCAAACAAUAAGGCCUCUGAAGUUGUACACCAGUAUUCGAAUGGUAUCCAGUCGGAACAUCAACUGGAUUCAAGUCCAUCUACAAAUGUUGCAUCUUCUACUGUUGAUUUGUCAUCAGAUUGUGCUGAUUCCGAUGGACUGCCUUUGAUGAAACUCCGAUCAAGAAUAUCUUUGAUUUUUGAGUCUAUUUCAAAGGAUGCAGAUACUGGCAAAAUUUUGGAGGAUAUUAAAUGCAUUGUGCAAGAUGCUCAUGAUGCACUUCAGCAACCUACUGUCAGUUUGAGCUGUGCUUCUAAAGAAGUGCAAUGCCCUGACCUGACAUGCGAUAGGCAAGCCAAUCCUGAUGAUGCUGGUUUAGGAGUAGAAAGAGAAAUUGCGUUAUCCCAGUCUGCUACACCCAAUCAGCCCAUGAGGCAAGACCUGGAAGCUGCCAUCUCUCAAGUUCAUGAAUUUGUGCUGCUCCUUGGGAAAGAAGCCUCGAGAGUUCAUGAUACAGUAUCUCCAGAUGGGCAUGGUCUGGGUCCAAGGAUUGAGGAAUUCUCUGCCACCUUCAAUAAAUUUGUGUAUGCGAACACAAGUUUGGUGGACUUUGUGAUUGUUCUUUCUCAUGUUCUCUCUGAAGCCAGUGAGCUUAGAUUUAGUUUCAUUGAAUGCAAGGAUACUGAUGGGGAUACUAAUAGUCCUGAUUGCAUAGACAAGGUAGCUUUACCAGAGCACAAGGUUGUCCAAAACGAUCCACUGGAAGAAAGAUAUACAAGCGGUUGUUCCCAUAUUUCUAGUCCAACUUCUGAUCUUGAAGUUCCUUGUGAUGGAAAUCUAGUCUCCAGCUAUGAAUCAAAUUCCAGAUUACCCAAACUCUCAGCAGAGGACAUUGAAGAGCUAAAAUUAGCCAAUGAGAACCUGUCAAAGGAUUUAGCAAGAUCUACAGAGGACCUUGAGGCAACAAAGCAUAAACUGCAGGAAACUGAGCAGCUGCUAGCCGAAUCUAGGUCACAGCUGGCAUUGGCUCAGAAAUCAAACAGCUUAUCAGAAACACAGCUGAAAUGUAUGGUAGAGUCUUACAGGUCACUUGAAGCACGUUCAGAAGAUUUGGAAACUGAGCUAAAUCUUUUGCGAGCAAAAUCUGAAGCAUUGGAUAAUGAACUUCAAGAUGAAAAGAGGAAUCAUCACGAAGCUUUGUCCAAGUGCAAGGAGCUUCAAGAACAACUACAGAGGAAUGAGGCUUGCGCUACUUGUUCUUCAGCAAUUAAUGAUGAUCCCCAGAAGAGCCAGGAGAUAGAGUUGACUGCGGCCGCAGAGAAGUUGGCAGAAUGUCAAGAAACGAUUUUUCUUCUUAGCAAGCAGCUGAAAUCUCUGCGCCCCCAACCGGACUUUGGUGGAUCUCCAUUCAGCGAGAGAAGUCAAAGAGGCGAAGAGUUUAACGAGGAUGAACCAUCUAAAAGUGGCACCAAUCUGGUGGACCUGGAUCAGUCUGAAUUGGAUACCGCCGCUUCUGCAAUGGCACCCAUAGUCGAUGCAGAAUCCCCUUGCAGUGUUUCUGACAGUGAAGGAGGAAGCUUCUUGAUGUCGCCUAGCAAUUCAAAACAUCCAAAGCACAGACCAACCAAGUCAAGCUCCUCUUCCUCCUCUUCCGCUCCAACUCCAGAGAAACAUGCUCGAGGAUUCAGUAGAUUCUUCUCCUCGAAAGGAAAGAACAGUCAUUAGGCAUCCAUGCUACUCUCUUGCAUGAUGAUAAUGCGAUUCUGUUAAAAUACUUCACUCAAUAAGAUAAAUAGAUAAAAAGAAAAAACCAAACAAACAUAGACAUCUAAGAUUUUAGAUGGGAAUCAGUUUUGGGAGGUCUAUGUCGUGAAAGUCAGCACAAAAAAUGAUGCUUACAAACGUAUCUUUUAACAUUUGUACAUUAUUAUCAUAUUCACAUCUGUUAAUUUUUCUUCUUUUCUUUUCCUUUCUUGAAGGCUUGGCUUUCCCUUGACAUUUGGACUGGACUUUGUGAACAAUUGGUGUGGCUUUUAUUUGA